CAAGCCAAAAGUCCCCUGCUUCGCGCGGCUGGCGCUCCCUCGCCUCGCCCCAGCUUGCUGCUAACCCUCAGCUCGCCGCCGGGGAGGUCGCGCCUGCCGCUCGAAGUCUCAUUCUUGCCCGCUCCGAGGGAGGGACAGAGGGUAGGCGGGCGGGCGAGCGAGCGCCACAGACAAUGGCGGCGGCAGCGGCGGCGGCUCCUCCUGCCGCCGCCGCCGCCACUACCACCACCACCAGCAGCCCCGGUGGUGCCAGCAGCGGCGACGGCAGUACAUUCCACCAGCAGCUGGAGCCCUGCUUAAGGAAGCCGCCGCCGCCGCGUAUGGACCCGCGGCGGAGGCAGGCUGCUCUCUCCUUCCUAACGAAUAUCUCGCUGGACGGGCGGCCGGUGUUGCAGGGCGAGGAGGGCGGCGAAGAGAGCGACGUCGGCGCGGGAGCCGCUGCAAGGACUGCUUCUGCUGCAGCCUGCGGUAUCAGCAGCAGCAACAGCAUUCGGACUCGUCGGGGCAACCUGAGCGCUUUCCAGCCGCCCGCCCCGCAGCAGUACGCAGUUUAUGCCAGCGCCUGCGGUGGCAGCGGCAACAGCAGCAGCAGCGGCAACGUCAAGCUCAUGAGCCCCCUGGGAGCGGCUGACCAGCCGCAGCAGGGCGAAGACGACGAGCCGGAGGAGGACGAGGACGAAGAUGCCUUCGCUAGCGUGCAGGUGCCCAUCGCCGCCGCCGCCGCUGCUGCCACCCUCCCGGGUUCCUCUGGGACCCCCUGUGCAAGGGGUCGCCUCAACUCUUUCACUCAGGGAAUCCUGCCCGUCUCCUUCGCCAGAACCACCCCACAGAACUAUUGCUCCCUUGAGCAAGGCCCGGUGGGCGCCAGCGCUUUUGAGCUGCAGAGGUCCAGACGUCGGCUAAUUUCCCAGAGAUCUUCAUUGGAGACUUUGGAAGACAUUGAAGAAAAUGCUCCUUUAAGGAGAUGCCGGACUCUGUCAGGCUCACCCAGACCAAAGAACUUUAAGAAGAUUCAUUUCAUCAAGAAUUUGCGGCAGAAUGAUACGAGAAGUGGCAGAAUAGUCCUUAUUAGUGGCAGAAGAUCCUUCUGCAGCAUAUUUUCAGUGCUGCCAUAUCGGGAUUGUAGCCAUGUUGGAGAUAUGAAAACAGAAGGUGGAAGGCAAUGUCAUUCUACUGCAGGUGUUUGCUUGAAAGACAUAGUUGGCCUUGAAGGUGUGGAAUUAGGAGCUAAUGGAAAGACUGUUUCUUAUACCCAGUUUCUCUUUCCAACCAAUGCCUUGGGGACACGGAGAAACACGAUAGACUCGACCUCAUCCUUUUCACAAUUUCGUAAUGCAAGCCAUCGUAGCCUUUCAUUGGGAAGAGCUAAUAGCACCCAAGGGAGCAUAGAUACAGGCAGUGACUUGGGAGAUUACACUGAAUACAACCCUAAUCUUCUAGAUGAUCCUCAGUGGCCAUGUGGAAAACAUAAGCGGGUGCUGAUAUUUCCUUCCUAUAUGACUACAGUCAUUGAUUAUGUGAAGCCAUCGGACCUUAAGAAAGAUAUGAAUGAGACCUUCAAGGAGAAGUUUCCUCACAUCAAGUUGACACUCAGUAAAAUAAGAAGCUUGAAGCGAGAAAUGCGCAAACUAGCUCAAGAAGAGUGUGGUUUUGAGGAGCCUACUGUGGCUAUGGCCUUUGUCUAUUUUGAAAAGCUUGCUCUCAAAGGAAAACUCAACAAGCAAAACAGAAAGCUCUGUGCUGGAGCAUGCGUCUUACUAGCUGCCAAAAUUGGCAGUGACAUCAAAAAGCAUGAAGUCAGGCAUCUUAUAGAUAAACUGGAAGAAAAGUUCCGCUUGAAUAGGCGAGAGUUGAUUGCCUUUGAGUUCCCGGUGUUAGUGGCCUUGGAAUUUGCUCUUCAUCUACCUGAACACGAAGUGAUGCCACAUUACAGACGCUUGAUCCAGAAUUCCUAGCACAGGCUACCCUUCCAAGAAGGGGGAGGGGUUUAAAAACUAUUGUCUAUUUUGCUCAGAAGAGCAACAAGUUACUACUGAAAAUGCAAAAAAGAAAAAAAAAUGGGAUGCAGAAGCCCCAGUGCCCUUUCUUCUCUUUCAAUGCAGUUUUUCAACCAGAUAUUAGGAAUAAAACGGUGAAUUCCUUAAGA